AUGACUUUUCACAAGACUUUUGGGAUCGAGAGAGUCUUGGCCAAAAAACAAAAGCAGAAUCACCCCAUCCCCCAGUGCAUUCAGAUAAAAACUGGUAAUAAGAUCAGGUACAACUCCAGGAAAAGACAUUGGAGAAGAACCAUGCUGGGCCUACAUGGAGAACUGCCCAUGAGGUGGCACAGCUCUGUGUAA